AUGGCCUCGAACAAAACCUCCAGCACCGUUUGCGUCGUGGGCGCAGGCCCGGUCGGGCUCUUUACUACGUUACUGCUGGCCCAGGCCGGAGUUGAUGUAACCGUGUUUGAACGGGAGGAUGCAAUUGUACAGUCGCCUCGUGCAAUGGGAUACUUCGAUGUAACUCAGGCGGAAUUCCGCAAGGCUGGGAUCCUCGAGGAAAUUAAAGAAGCCGGCCUGCUGAAUGACCAAGGGCUCAAGUGGCGGCGUCCCAAAGACGGAGGCUAUCUCGCGGAACUCCCUACUAAGCCCGAUCCUUCGAUGUGGCCGGUCCAACUAGGUCAACAUAUUGUUGGAGAGAUUAUCCUCAGUCGUCUGGCCCAGUUCCCGAAGGUCCAGGUUAGCUUCGGUCACGAGCUGCAUGCACUGGAGCAGUCCGAAGACAAUAGCACCGUUGUCACGACGUAUACUGGUGGUCGGCAGCACACCUCACAAUACCUUGUUGGGGCUGAUGGCGGAAAGAGCACCGUCCGCAAGCUCAUCGGCGUCCAGUUGGAGGGCUUUACCUGGGAGGACUUUCAGAUGGUUGCGCUCAACCUUGAAUAUGACCUAUCCUCCCUAGGUUGGGCCUGCGGUAAUGCCGUUGUCGGUGAUGAUAUCUGGGGGAUCGUCGCGAAACUCGGCAAAGGCAACUUGUGGCGAGUAGCUUAUGGGAUUCCAACGUCUGAAUUGGAUCCACAGGAACCGUUUGAUAAGGAGCGAGAACUGGCCCGGGCCCAAGUCAAACUGGCGAAGCUUUUGCCCGGAUCAACUGAUGAAGCCAGGAUCGACAUGAUCUCCCUGUACCGACUUCGCCAACUCUGCGCGGACAAAUUUGUCUGCGGCCGCGUUGCCCUAGCUGGCGACUCUGCCCAUUUAACGAGUCCUGUCGGCGGCCUGGGACUGACCACGGGUCUAUUGGACGCCGCCCUCCUGGGUCGAAAUUUGAAGAAGAUCAUCGUAGACAAUGAGCCCCCAUCGCUGUUGGAAUCCUAUGGCGAGACUCGACGAGACGUCUUCCAGAACGUCACCAAUCCUUCAGCGAUUUUCCACACACGUCUCCUUACAGGCAAGGAUCCGGAGGCGGUUGCGAUGCGAGAGGAAUUUCUGGAGAAGGUCAAUGCGCGCGAUUUCGGGUACCUGAAGAAGAUUGGAGAGUCAUAUGCAAAGAUAACCUCGACGCGCGACGAGUAG